GGAACAAUCCGCGAUGCUCCAGGGAGGCGCGUAUAUAAGUAAGGGCCGUCGCGACGCUAGCCAUAGUGCGUCGCGGUUGUGAAUAGCAGAGCAACUUCCGGAACAGAGUCACUGCUGAAAAUGUCACUGGUGCCACUCCUCUUCCGUGACUGGUGGGAUGAUCUUGACCGACCCUCCCGCCUGAUUGACCAACACUUUGGACUGGGGUUGAGGCACCAUGAUCUGCUUCACCCAGGUUCCCUGCUUCGGACUGGAUACAUCCGCCCCUGGAGAAAUAUCACUCGGCAAGACAGUGGCUCUUCCAGCAUCACAGGUGACAAGGACAAGUUCCAGUAUUGCAGUAUCAACAAUAGAGAGACUUCAUGUCGAUUUGGUGAGGAAGGAGGGAGGUCUUAUCAGAUCAUGCAACUAAGAGAGGCAAUCCCUGUGCAGGUGAUUCUGGACGUACAGCAGUUUGCGCCCAGUGAGAUCACAGUCAAGACGAUUGACAACGCAGUCAUUGUGGAGGGGAAACAUGAGGAAAAGCAGGAUGAACAUGGCUACGUAUCGCGCCACUUUGUGCGCCGCUACAUCUUACCGAGUGACAUCGAGGUCAAUAACAUCGUGUCCAGCUUGUCAUCAGAUGGCGUCCUUACGGUCACUGCCCCCAAGAAGGUACUUCUGCCACCAUCCGGCGAGCGUGUUGUUCCUAUUGUCCACACAGGUGUACCAGCUGUCAAGCCAGCAGAACAACCCAUUGUGGAGACGCCCAAAGAAGUGAAGUCAGAGUCAUGAAUUCAUUUAUGUUCGAACUGUGUUGAUUUGUGUAAUAAACUUUUUGUAUCGUCUACAUUUUAAACACUUGGCUUGAAAUUGUAAACUGUAAGUGUACAUAUAACAAGCUAAUGUCAUGGGCAAGAGGGUUGCUUGAGAAGGUAA